AACAAAUAAUUUGAGUAGGCGGUUAAGUACCAAGACUCAAAUCAACAGCAAAUCAACAUGCCGUACGCCAACUCUGGCAAAGGAAGCUACGCUUAUGGCUGUUACUACACCUCUUAUGCUACUCUGUUAGCGUUCGCCGUCAUCGGUCUGUACUACAUGUUCUCUGGUAGAGGAGGAGAGUAUGAUGUAGGAUGGGUAUUGGAAGCCAUCUCCCCCUACACCUGGGCCUGUUUAGGUAUCGCUAGUGCUAUGUUCCUCUCUGUGCUUGGUGCUGCUUGGGGUAUGUUCAUAACUGGAGUGUCCAUUGUUGGAGGUGGAGUUAAAGCACCCCGAAUUAAAACCAAGAAUCUUGUCAGUGUCAUCUUCUGCGAAGCUGUAGCUAUCUACGGUAUCAUUAUUGCUAUAAUCUUAGUCCAGAACAUCGACGCUUCGACUGAGGAGGGUUUCAAGGAAAACUACGCUACUUACGUCUACAACGGAUACUGUCUCUUCUUCGCUGGACUCCUGACUGGACUGUGUAAUCUAGCCUGUGGGAUAUGUGUUGGUAUUGUCGGCAGUGGGGCCGCCCUAGCUGAUGCACAGAACUCAGAUCUAUUCGUCAGGAUUUUGGUGAUUGAAAUCUUCGGUAGUGCUAUUGGACUGUUCGGGGUCAUUAUUGCGGUCCUACUGGGUAACAACAAGAAAGUCGGUGGUGCUUAGAAAAGGAUAUAGAUUAUGGAAGCCUUUUAUUUGAUUAUCAGGACACAGUCUUUGCAGGCGAAGACUCAUCUUCUAAUUGGAAAUUAUUAACGAUUGAAUCAUAUGAAUUACUUUGAGUUUUGAUCUAUUAUCGGAGAGUUAUCUCUGAGUUAUGUACUUCAGUUGAGCAUCCUUUUAGGUCGGCUUGAUAUUUCAGAGCGAUCUUUUGUUUUCGUAUAUAAUGUGUUAUUAAGAGCUCAAUUAUUGUGUAUAAUGAUCGUUUUAUCGUUAAUUUAUUUUUA